GUAUUCCCAUAUAAUAUGAGUCAAAUCAAAUCUCACUUGCAGAGCCCGCGGACCAAGCAUAAUCAGUCUACCGAAGGACUCCGUGAAGAGCACAUCGGACAAAACAAUAUAAUAAAUAAAAUGCUCACAUAUAAGUUAUAUUUGUGUGUAUUAAUACUCGGCUGUGCGGGAAGUAUCAAUGGAAAAGUGUGCAACGACUGUGUUGCCUUCACAUCAUGUCCGAGCGCCGCGGAAUUAGCUGUGAACCAUCGAGACGCCACCACCAAGACAAAAUUCAUAGAAUCCUUUUGUGGAUAUGAAUACGAUCAAUUAAAAAGGAUACCAAAGGUGUGUUGUUCUGAUUUCAACGUUGCCUCACGGACCGGGGAAGCGGGAACAGAUGUAACAGGCACAGCCAAUCCACAUCCCAACAUGAAACUCCUGCCUGACAUUUGUGGUGACAUCGAUGGAAAUCGCAUCAUCGGUGGCAGAGUUGCCAAAAUUCACGAGUUCCCGUGGAUGGCCCUCAUUUCUUAUAACACGCGUGAGGGACUCCAGUUUCUGUGCGGUGGAAGUAUUAUAAACUCACGGUACAUUCUAACUGCUGGUCAUUGUGUUGCGGGCUCCCAGAAAAUAGCUGGAGUCCGUAUCGGGGAAUUCGAUAUUCGUUACAAAACUGAUUGUCAAGGAGAAGAACCGAAUUUUGUAUGCGAAUCUCACCUGCAGGAUAUUCGAGUUGAAAAAGUUAUUCUUCACGAAUCCUAUACAGGAUUACCAGCUCCCUCUAAUGACAUAGCUCUUCUACGUCUAAGCAAACCAAUCAACCUUAGCUACAAAAAUGCAUUACCAAUUUGUCUACCUGUGACGGAAGAUCUGCAAAAUGUUGAGCUUGGGGGUAGAGUGGGCACUGUAGCUGGUUGGGGACUUACAGAAACCGAAAAGUACUCUCCUGUUCUUCUUAAGGUCAACGUUUCUAUAAGAACUGGGGAGGAGUGCACUCAUUAUUAUAACAGAAGUCCCGGGACGAAAGAAAAUGAUAGAACUACGAACUACCUUUGCGCUGGUGAGUAUUUAAAAGAUAGUUGCAACGGUGACUCCGGCGGUCCUCUGAUGUUAGAGGGAGAAUACAAGGGAAUCAACAGAAAUAUACAAUACGGCAUUGUGUCCCACGGCCCUAAACAAUGCGGUUCAGAUUUCCCUGGUGUGUACACUGCUGUCACCAAAUACAUAGGUUGGAUCUUAGACAAUAUAAGGGAGUAAAAUCCAAUAUUAUACUGUAAUAUUAUACGAAUGAAAUCUUAAAUAAAACAUUUUGAACUAAUAA